UCUUCCAGAUUAUCCCAAUGGCAUUCGGCUCACGUCAGCUGUUCCAGGAGCAGAUAUCAAAGUACUCAUAAAUUUCAAUGCACCAAAUCCUCAGGACAGGAAGAAGUUUACAGAUGAUUUGAGGGAAUCAAUUGCAGAAGUUCAAGAAAUGGAAAAGCACAGAAUAGAGUCCGAGCUGGAGAAGCAGAAGGGGGUGGUGCGUCCCAGCAUGUCGCAGUGCUCCAGCCUGAAGAAGGACUCCGGGAACGGGACCCUGCCCCGGGCGUGCCUGGACGACAGCUACGCCGGCGGCGAGGGGCUGAAGCGGAGCGCGCUCAGCUCCUCCCUGCGCGACCUGUCCGAAGCAGGCAAGCGUGGGCGACGCAGCAGUGCAGGAUCGCUAGACAGCAAUAUGGAAGGGUCCAUCAUUAGCAGUCCUCACAUGCGCCGAAGAGCUACAUCAACCCGAGAGUGUCCAUCUCGCCCUCACCAGACUAUGCCCAACUCCUCCUCACUCCUAGGGUCCCUGUUCGGUAGCAAGAGGGGCAAGCCCCCCUCGCAGAGCCACGCGGCCGCGCAGACCCCGCACCACGCGGAGGCCACGGCUGCCGCGCCGCACCCGCACCACGCGCAGUUCUGCCACCAGAACCCGCCGCCCUACCACCACCACCACCACCACUACCACCCGCCCCCGCACCCGCACCCGCACCCGCACCAGUACCACCAGCACGGGCACGGCCACGGGCACGGCCCCUACCUGCCGCACGCCCUGCACCACGGCCCGCACCACGGCCCGCACCACCACGGGCCGCCCCCGCCGCCCGCCGCCGCCAGCACCAAGCCCAAACACAGCGGCAUCAGCACCAUAGUCUAG